ACAAACACGGAUUCUUUGAGUAAACACCUCGCUCUAAGAAGUUAUGGAACCUAAUUCUCCUGAUUUGAAGGUGUUAACAGCGCCUCAAUUAUACAACAUGGAUGUGAUGAAUGGUGGACACUUGAGUGGCCAGCCGGCAUUUCCAGGACAACCCUUUAAUCAAGGAAAAUCCAUUCAAUUUGAACAGGAAGAUCCGUCAACUUACGGCGACUAUUCCGACGGCGACGACGAAGGUUUUAGUGCAAACGUACAAAAAACGGGGAAGAAGACGAAAGGACGUGUUAAGAUUAAAAUGGAGUUCAUUGAGAAUAAACUGCGAAGAUACACGACAUUUAGCAAACGAAAAACUGGGAUAAUGAAAAAGGCUUAUGAACUUUCAACAUUGACUGGUACCCAGGUAAUGCUACUUGUGGCCAGUGAGACUGGCCAUGUUUACACCUUCGCAACCCGCAAACUGCAGCCCAUGAUAACAAGCGAAAGUGGCAAGGCCCUCAUCCAGACCUGCCUAAACUCUCCCGAUCCCCCUCCAGCAGGCCCAGGCCAGCAACAGGCAGUUGAGCAGAGGAUGAAUCCAGGCGGCUUUGAGGAGACUGAAUUGACUUAUGCUGUGGACGAUGAAAAUGAGAAGUCAUUGAUGGAGGCUGGUGGCGGUGGUGUGAAACCGGUCUACACAAUGACAGCCUCCAGCUCCAUGGCCCAAGAGGCGCAGGGUUACAUCCAGGCCACAACCCCACCACAGGCGCAUACACAAUCUAACUUAACAGGCCAGGUAGUGCAAGUGAGCACCCCACAGCCGACCCAUGUUAAACCCAGCCCUACCACACAACAGGCGAGCUCCAUUGCUGUCCAGCUGCCCGGGCUACCGCCAGGCUUCAUACUUCAACCAGGCAUGUCAUUCACAAUCCCAGUCCAGACUUCACAGCAGUCUCAGUCCCAAUCGUCACAGCAACAGGCCACUUACCGCUUCCCGGGUUCAACACAGCCAGUGAUGACCAGUGCUUCCCUAGUACAGGCAGACACAAGUCAGAGGUUACAAACCAACGGGACAGCCACUGUCUCACAGCCCACUGUCAGUGUUGUCACACAGAGUGGUCAGCAGGCAAUGACACCGAGUGUAUUUAUGUACCAGACACCCCAGGGUAUUGUGUAUGCCCCGGCCACCGGCACAAUGCAGGAUAAGACAAUCUUCAACCUGCAGCCUUCAACCAAUGAUAACAAUGGUCAGCAACAACAACAGCCAUUCAUCAUCCCUAUCCCCGUCUCCCUUGCCGGAUCUCAACAGGUGUUACAGUUCUCUCCACCACCUGAGCACCCGAUUAAGUCUGAGCCUCCUCUAUCACAGCCGACUGGCGCAAAGAAAAGGAAGGUCUGAUUGGUUCCCUGCCCCAGGGGGAGGGGCUUCACAUGGUGCUAUAUUGAGCCUUCCCAAGCUUGACAAGUGAGAGGGGAAGGUGAUGGUUAAUAAGUUGAAGGCCAAUCCUGGCACAAGAGUCGGCUAGUGUGCAAUGGGAUCAAAUGUAAAUACACGACAUAAUAAAUUAUUAAUAUGUAUAUUUUGCAAAACAAAUGGCUGAUGGUUAUGCAUUAAAACAUGUCAAGAUGUGUAAAUACAUUGCUUUGAGUGACAUUAUAAAUGCCAUGACCCUAAAGCUACUUUGUAACAUUUGUAUAUGAGGCUUGUUUUAACACUGCUGCAUAAUUUAAUCUUAAUAAUCAAGAUGCAUUACAGUUUUUAUUAUUUUUUUGCAAUAUUUAAAACUACUUGAUUAUGGUGACAUGUACCAUUGUCCACUUUGGUAUUUUGAUUUUGUCAUAACUUGCAAACAAUCAAAUUAUAUUUUUGUACAAGUUGGUUCACACAUUUGCAAUGAGCACACAUAUAUAAAGGAAGUCCCUGUCUUUAAUAUUUCAAUGAAUGUGAAACUUGAACCAGCGAUAACAUCUGCUGGCAUGGCUACAGCCCACAGUGCUUGUGGUAUGUAUUAGUUCAUACAUGCAUUUUCAUAUUGUAUUUUACAAAUUGGCAAAAACUUCCUUAUUGCUUUGUUAAAUAUUAUGAGGAUUUUACCAUUUUAACAUUAAAUGCUAAUACUUGUGGUUUUAUAAGCAGUUUAUGGUUGUAGAUAAAAUAGCUAUAAAACCUUGCAAUCCACUUGCACUUCAAUGCUCAUUAAAUGGGAAUAAGAUUAAAUUUAUUGAUUGAUCUUUAACAUUAGGAAAAUAGAUAAACUUUCCUUUUUGUCUUUAAUUUUAUGAACGGUUAAAUGGAUCAUUGUGGUACUGUCUGUGUCCGUGCUAGAUCUGUUCAAAUGUUCAUUUUAAUAAGUAAUCUUGAUCAAAUGUUGAUAUAAUAAUCAUUUUCUUUCUUGAUAUAUUUUAGUAAUUAUGUUUCUGAAAGAUCUUUAUUAGCUCAAACUAGAAAUGAUCUGAGCCUUAUUUAAACCUACAUGUAAUGCACCAGUCAAAUUUAACCACGGCCUCCCCAGGUCCGGGGAAUAGCUGAGACUUUGACUUUCGGUCCAGCCAAGCCCAGGUAAAAUCUCCGCCCUGUGAGGAAGAACUGCUUGUAAAAUCCCUGCCAAAUGCCCCCCCCCCCCCCCACCCCAGGGAACCUAGGUAAUGACCAUUCCCCGCUAUUUUGGUGUGAAGACAAAACCACCGCUUUCACCCGACACUGCGGGCCACCGGAAAGGUAAAAACACAGCCCAUUUCCCCCGCUAUCCCCAGUAUACCCCCGGAUCUGACGGGGCCAUGGUUACAAUUGACUGGUGCAUAAGGGUAACAACCUCUGUUAAGAUCAAGAUGUAAGGGUUGAGACCUUCUUGUAGGGGUGACAUCCCUCCUUUGAUACCUACAUUUAAGGGUUACAACCCUCAUUUGACCUACAUGUAAAGGUUAAAAUCCUCAUUAAAACCUACAUGUAAGAGGGUUUUUAACCCCCAUUUUAGACCUACAUUUAAGGGUUACACCCCUCAUUUGGAGUUGGACCUACAUGUUAUGGUUACAAACCUAAUUUGAGACCUUCAUGUAGCAGUUACAAACCUCAUUUGAGACCUACAUUUAAGCAUUACAACCCUCAUUCAGACCUACAUGUAAAGGUUACAAUCCUCAUUCAGACCUAUAUUUAAGGGUUACAACCCUCAUUCAGACCUACAUGUAAGGGUUACAAGCCUCAUUCAGACCUAUAUUUAAGGGUUACAACCCUCAUUCAGACCUACAUGUAAAGGUUACAAUCCUCAUUGAGACCUAUAUUUAAGGGUUACAACCCUCAUUCAGACCUACAUGUAAGGGUUACAACCCUUAUUUGGACCUACAUGUAAGGGUUACAAGCCUCAUUCAGACCUACAUGUAAAGGUUGCAAUCCUCAUUGAGACCUAUAUUUAAGGGUUACAACCCUCAUUCAGACCUACAUGUAAGGGUUACAAGCCUCAUUCAGACCUAUAUUUAAGCGUUGCAACCCUCAUUCAGACCUUCAUGUAACAGUUUCAAACCUCAUUUGAGACCUACAUGUAAGGGUUACAAGCCUCAUUCAGACCUACAUGUAAGGGUUAUAAGCCUCAUUCAGACCUUCAUGUAAGGGUCACAACCCUCAUUAGAUCUACCUGGAAGGGUCAAAACCCUCAUUGAGACCUACAUGUAAGGGUUGCAAUCCUCAUUAAGGACCUACUUGUAAGAGUUACCACCUUUAUUUAGACCUACAUGUAAGGUCAACAACCCUCAUUAGAUCUACUCGGAAGGAAUAAAACCCUCAUUGAGACCUACAUGUAAAGGUUACAAUCUUCAUUAAGGACCUACUUGUAAGGGUUACCACCUUUAUUUAGACCUGAAUGUAAGGGUAACAACCCUCAUUGAGACCUACAUGUAAGGGUUACAACCCUCAUUCAGACCUCAUUAAUUAUAUUAUUAUAAUCCCAUACCUGAAAUGACCAGUUUUUAGGGUCCACAUAUAAUUGCUUUGUUAGUUGUUAUAUACAUGUAUUAUGUUAAUGUAAUCUGCCAACAAGAUGCCUUUUCCAUUCAAUUCAUCGACAGCUUACAUUAUGUGUAAAUGUGCUUGUUUUAAUUGACUCUUUUAAUGAUGUUCAUAGUUACAUGUAUGUUGUUGAGAUUCUCCCUGUGCCAACAUUUAUAUAUAUAUUUAUGGAGUAUGUUUUAAUGAUUGUUGUAUAUUGUUUUUUGAGAUGAUUCAUAUGACUUGUUAAUGUGAAUGUUUAGAAUUUACUGUUGCAAAAGUGCAAUGUCCUAAAAUGUGUGUGUUAAGACAACGAUUUGAAAGUUCAACCAAUUCACUACCAGAACAAGAGGUUUACUGGCUUUUACUGGUCUUGAGUACCAUUUAUAUGUUUUGAAUGCUGAUAGAAGUGACAGACAGACAUAAUGAUUAUAUGUAUGUAUAUAAAUAGAUGUGCAUAUCUUUUGAUAUCUUUCGUCCAUAAAAUCUGAAUAGUUUUAAUGCAGGCAAAAUGGACAAAACAUCUAACGUUAAGUGAAAUUUCAGCUGUUAAGCUAUGUUUGUAUUUAUUUUCUACACGUGUGACUCUGUUGAAAGGCACAUUUAAAGUAUGUGUUGACCAUUAUGUCUGUUAUUAUUCCUGCCAUUCAUCAUAUUUCUUGGGAGCUUAAUGGUACAUUAAUUAGCAUUAUGUUUCUGGAACUAAUGUAUUUUUGUAUACGACAUGAUGUCACUAUUUUUGUACGAGACCAAAUUUGAAUAAAAUAAAAUCCUGAGAAGAA